AUUAUAAAUUCCACAUAACUCCUAAUGGCUGCCAACUCAUCAGAAUGUUGACAAACGAGCAAUACGUCUUAUAAUAUUUUUAGAAAAAUAUCGAUUUAUUUUCAACUAUUUAAAAGAAAAUUGUUUAUUCUUAUCGUCGAAUAAAAGUAAAUCACGAUGAAUAAUACGAGCAUCGGAAUAAUUCUUCUAAUUUUAAUGGUAACUAAUGUCAACUGUAUCAGCUGGUAUUUGGAACCAAAUACUCACAAGUGUUUAAAAGAAGAUGUUCAAGCAAAUGUACUGGUUACGGGAGAAUACGAUGUUUCCGAAGCAAUGGGUCAAAAAGUUGAUUACGUGAUCAAAGAUACCAAAGGACAUAUACUUUCUCAGAAAGAAGAUAUUCCACAUGCAAAAUUAUUAAAGUUUUCAUUUAUUACCGAAACAGCGGAUACCUUCGAAGUUUGUUUCAUUUCACAUGUGCCAAGUCAUCAACGUGGUAUGAAACAAGAAAUUACCCUUGUUACAAAACGUGGUAUUGAAACAAAAAAUUAUGAAGGUAUUGCAGAAGCAGCCAAAUUGAAACCUGUGGAAGUAGAAUUAAAACGCUUGGAAGAUUUAUCCGAAGUUAUAGUACAAGAUUUUGCACGAAUGCGUAAGAAUGAAGAGGAAAUGAGGGAUACUAAUGAGACAACCAAUGCUCGUGUGUUGUAUUUCAGUAUAUUUUCUAUAUGUUGUCUUUUAGGACUCUCUACUUUGCAAGUGUUUUAUUUAAGACGUUUUUUCAGAGCAAAGAAACUGAUAGAGUAGAAAAUGUAUUCUUUCCAUUCAGAAUAUAUCGAACGAUAUGUCGCAAUUUCGCAUGAAAUUACAUUUGGAAAGAUCAAAUAACUUUUUUAAAAAUAAUAAGAAUUGUAUCAAAAAUACGUGAAUAUGUCAUGCGUAUCGUUAAGAUUGUUGUACAAAGUAAUAUCUAAUCAUCUCAAUCCAUUGCAAGUUUUCUAUUCUCGAUUGUAUAACUCUGAUUAAAGACAUAUUGAAUUUGUCAAGUGACAAA